AUGGGUCCCGUCUCGGAGUCCCAGGUGCAGUUCUGGAUGGCCAAAGCCGUGGACUGGGGAGAGGCCACGUCCCCCUCCGUCCAGCAGGACACGGGCCGACACCUGGGAGAACUGAGGGGGUUCCUUCUCCAGGUCCUCCAGUCUCUCCAGCAAGCGAGCUCCACCACAGAGGCGAUAAGGACCCUUCCCUUUGUUGGGCAGUUUCUGGGAAGACUUUGCUGGAACCCAUAUGUUACCGCUGAUGAGCAAAGCCAGACACUCCUGUUGCAGUGCCUGUGGUGUCUGUACAGUGUGGAGCCUCAGAGCGCGGUGGAACGCAGAGCCAAUGAGUGGAUCAGGACUUUACUGUGUCAGUUGGCCUCUGAGGAGGAGAAUACAGUCCAGUAUGCUCUGAUUAGCUGUGCUGGUUUAAGACCCAGGGAGUACACACUGAGAACUCUGGAAAAGAUGGUGUCAGUGUUGACGGAGGAGAUCCGUGGAGGGUGCGUCAGUUUGACAAAUCCGUCGGAAAGGUGCUCUUGUGAAAACGUCCGUCAUGUGUCAGUGGCGAGUGUCCCGCUGGUCACGUGUCCCCAGGCGUCUCCUCUGAUUGGUGGCCUGCUGAAACGUCCAGUGACGUGUAACCGAGGUGCUCUCUGUGAAGAGUUCAUUGAGGCAGUCAGCAUUGCCUGGCUUGAGAAGAAGCUGGUCAUUGAGGAGCCCGCAUUGAUUGCCCUGUGGUGUCAUAGCCUUACCAGCCUAGAGGGGGCAGUCAUGAGCCUCAUAGAGUCUGUUCUUUCUGGUGCAGAUUCAAUGCCACAAAACAUAGAAGACAAGGUCACAGACUCUCUCCUGGCUAAAGCUUCCGCCCUUGACUGCUCCAUAUUCCUAACAGUAAAUGAAAUUUUCAGGGCUAUGCUGAUGGAACUGGAUGGGAAUCUGCAGUUGCAUGCACUUAUUCAUACUUUCACGCGCUGUUUCCUCCAUACUCUAGGUGCUCAACGCCUACAGGAGAGCCCGUCUCUGAAGGCCUACUUUCCUCUCGUCCCUCUGAAUUUACUCACGCCCCUGCUUACCUCACCUUCAGAGGUGCCCAAGGAAACAUGGCAGGAUCAUGUGAGUUGGAUCAGUGCUUUACUUCAGAAGAUUACUGAAAAGAAGGAAGAGGAGGAUAAGGAGGAAAGUCCCAGGUGGUGCCGUGAUGUGUUUGAAGCCUGGUUCUUGCUGGUGCAGUGUGGGGACUGGGUCGACGUGGCCACUCAGUUGCUUGUCCUUCCAGAAUCUGAAGGAUGUUUGUCUCUCCUCUGGCUGAUACAUUUCUACCAUCAUCCCACCAACAGGGGGCACCAGAGCUCUCAACAGAUGUCGCUGGGGAGAGAAGUGUGUGAUCAUUUGAGGAUGCUUUUCCUGGGCUCUCCUCUUCCUUGUGAACGUGUUGUGGCGAUACGAGACCUUCUGUCUUCCACCCUGUCUUCAAACCUUGUCCUACAUCUCCUGCUCAACUUUGCCAUCUUCUCUCAAGGAUCCAUCACCACAUGCAAAGACAUCAUGUCCAAGGUGUUGAUAGAGCAGAGAGUGAAGCAUGUAGCAGCAUGGGCCUUUACCACCAUCAGGCACAGACUAAACAGAGACGCCUCCAAAGAUGCCAGGGUUCAAUCCAGGUUGAGGACGAUUCAGGAGGUUCUUGGCAGUUUGCCUUAA